AUGUCCAAGCUCAUUACCAUCUUUGGCGCGACCGGCAAUCAAGGAGGCUCCGUCAUCCGGGCUAUCCUAGCUGAUGCCGCGCUGUCGCAGGAGUUUAAGAUUCGCGGCAUCACGCGGGAUGUAUCCAAGCCCGCUGCGCAGAAUCUGAUUAAACAAGGGGUGGAGGUCAAAAGCGCCGACAUGGAUUCCAAAGAAUCGCUCGUGGAGGCGAUCCGCGGCUCGCACACGGUGUUCCUUGUUACCACGCCUGGCUGGGGCUCAGGUGGUCCGGAGGUGGAGCUAAUCCAUGGAACAAACGUUGCCAAUGCGGCCAAGGAUGCCGGGGUCCAGCACCUCAUCUUCUCGUCUCUGCUCAACGUGACCGAAACCUCUGGCGGCAGGCUCACCCACGUCCCCCACUUCGACAUGAAGCAAAAGGUGGAGGCGUACAUCAGUACCACCGGCAUCCCGGCCACGUUCGUCCUUCCCGCCUACUUCAUGUCCAAUUUCCAGGCGUUUGGUAUGAUCCGCAAGGGCGACGAUGGCAUCUAUACAUUGGCCUAUCCCGUGGCCAACACCGCCCGCUUUCCGCUGAUUGAUAUCCCCGAAGAUCUGGGCAAGUUCGUCGUGGCAGCCAUCAAGAACCGCGAUCAGGUGAUCGGCACGCAGAUUUUGGCUGCCGCCGACUAUUACACGCCGACUGAUAUCCUCCGCGAUUUCGAGGAGGUGACAGGUCAAAAGACUCGGUUUGUCCAAGUGGAUCACGAUACUUACAAGAGCUUCAUGCCCCCGGCGGCAGCGGACGAGCUGCUCGAGAACCACCUCUUUAUCGAAAACCCUGGCUAUUACAAUGGCCGUAGCUUGGAUGAGAGUAAAAGCCUUUUGGCUGGCGUCGGAUUGAAGGCGACCUCGUGGAAGGAGUAUCUUCAGAAACAUAAAGCGGCAUUCCAGUGA